AUGGAUCCCGAAGGAGCGAAAUAUAGCGAAGAGCAGGAGGUGGAUACCGUGUCCAAGCAAUCGGGCAAGGAGGUGGCAUUGAAAGAGAUGGAUGAGCAGGAAGAGCCGACCAGGGUUGAAGGACGUGAGGUCAAGAAGAACAAGCAUGCCACGAGGCGUUCAGCCGCUGUGCCGACCUCACGACAGCCACCGUACCGCCCGCGAUGA